UACCUGAAGUUAUUAUAGGUCAACCUUAUACUUUAGCUAGUGAUAUUUAUAAUUUUUCUAUGAUUAUGUGGGAAUUUAUAUCUGGAGUUUCUCCAUUUGAUAAUGAAGCUUAUGAUUUUCAACUUGGUUUAGAUAUAUGUAAAGACUAA